AUGGCAAUCAACUAUCUAAUUCUGCUCUCUCGUCAGGGCAAGGUGCGCCUGGCAAAAUGGUUUACGACGCUCUCCCCAAAGGAUAAGGCGAAGAUCAUUAAAGAUGUCACCCAGCUAGUCCUCUCACGACGGACGCGGAUGUGCAACUUUCUCGAAUAUAAGGAUUCGAAAGUGGUGUACCGCCGAUAUGCUUCCCUCUUCUUCAUCGCCGGCUGCUCGUCCACCGACAACGAGUUGAUAACCCUAGAGGUCGUGCAUCGAUAUGUCGAGCAGAUGGACAAGUACUAUGGCAAUGUGUGCGAGCUGGACAUCAUAUUCAACUUCCAAAAGGCCUACUUCAUCCUCGACGAGCUCCUGCUGGCGGGAGAAAUGCAGGAGAGUAGCAAGAAGAACGUGCUGCGGUGCAUAAGCCAGCAGGACAGCCUGGAAGACAUGGAGGUAAGCGGGGAUUUUUCUGGUUCUCCAUUCCUGGCUGUUGAAUGA